UAGACUUUUUUUAAUUAUUUGCGGAUUUUUAUAUUUGCGGACUCUUUUUUUAAUGCGGACUUUUUCAUUAACGGACUUUUCUAAUAGCGGAUAUUUUAUAAUUUGCGGAUGCUUUUUGCGGACAUUUUCAUUUUUUGCAGACGCUUUAUGCGGACAUUCUUUAAUUUGCGGACAUUCUCAUUUUUAGAGAACACUUUUAUUUGCGGACUUUCUUCUAAUGCGGACGAUUUUUGCGGACUUUUCUAAUAGUGGAUAUUUCACUUGCGGACAUUCCAUUUGCGGACUUUCCUUCUUGAGGGUAUUCUUUAGAAGCGGUCCGCAAGUGAAAUGUCUUUAUGCAGACUUCUAUAUUUACGGACGCUUUUUGCGGACUUUUUUUUUAUUUUUGCGGACUUUUUUUUAUCUGCGGACGUUUUUUGCGGACUUUUUUUUAUUUUUUGCGGACAUUAUUAUUUGCGGACAUUCUCUUUUUUUGCGGAUAUUUUUACUAGCGGGCGUUUUUUGCGGACAUUUUACGGCAAAUUUCAAAUUUACCUAAAAUUAAAAUUUCCCUCCACCCCAAAAAUAAAUUUACUUACAAUACUCUUCCGUAUCCACCUUAGGAACAAAACGAUCAUAUAAUGGACAAUCACCUUCACUGCGUAUAUGUUCAAGAAAGUCCCUAACAUCUUCAAACUCGGGAAUUCUAAAAAAAAUUUUUUGAAAAAAUUUGAACAUUUAUGACGUUUGGAUGGGUAUUGAGGACUUUUUUUAAUUUUCGGAUAAAUUUUGCGAACAUAUCUUGCGGAUUUCUUAUUUGCGGACAAAUCCUCCAGACUUCUUUUAUUUGCGGACAUAUCUUGCAGACUUUUUCCAUUUGCG